CUUAGGCCUUAGAGGACUAAUCCUGAAGAUACCUCUAGGCCUUUGCCUUCUGUGCUUGUGCAAGAUUAACUCAUAGGCGAUUUCGGCAGUAACAAUCAGAAACCUUUUAAAUUAUACUGGUUUUCCCUAGGAGAAUCAACUUUUGAUCUAUCAGGGAGUUGGGAGCAUGUGAUGGUUGUCUGUUUCUGGGUUGCUUUCAGUUUGAGGUUUUGAUCGCCAGCCAUUGCGGAGGGAGAGGGUUUCUGAACACUUUGAGAUGUCGAAGGAAUCUCUUAGAUCUUCAAAGCCCGGAGAUGGUGACCGUACCACACUUGCCCGGACUUUCAAGUAUCUGUUGGCCACGCAGUUCUUAUCGAGGGGAAUCCCUUUUAUUUUCAAUACGUGGAUUGUGAGACACCUUACGGAAGAGGAUUAUGCGCUUUUUGCAGUACAAUUUCAUCUUUUUGUCACGUCUAUCUUGUUUCUAAGUAGGGAGGGCUUUCGGCGAGCCUGCAUGAGGGCAGAUAUUAGAUGUGAUGGUGCACAAAUGGGAGUAAAUGCUGUGAAGCUAUUGAAAGUAGCAUGGAUGACUUUCCCAAUUGGAAUUCUUUUCACAUUUGUAGCAUGCAUAUCUGUCUUCUGGUGGCAGGCUCUAAAAUUCACUGAUUCCUACGGACAAGCUAUCUUGAUUCAUGGAUUUGCGUGCAUAUUAGAGCUACUAGCAGAACCCUUGUACAUUCUUUCACAGAAUUUGCUUCUCCUUGAAUUGCGUCUAAUGGUUGAAACUGUGGCAACUCUUUCGCGUUGCAUGACACUCUACUUCCUCAUUGUCAAGCAGACUAAUAUGGAAAAAGUGAUUGUAUUUGCAUUAUCACAGACUGCAUAUGGAGCUUGCUUGUUCUUAGGAUAUUGGGGCUAUUUUUUUCUCACACACCUGGUGAGAAGUUCAGACCUUUUCCCCUUCAGAAAAGGGAAGAAGACGGAUUAUGAUCAGCAGCUUAAAAAUAUGUGUAUAUUAUUUACUGGUCAAUCCUUCUGGAAGUUGCUCCUUCAAGAAGGGGAAAAGAUGAUACUUGUAUGGUUGGAUACGCCCUACAAUCAGGCUGUAUAUGGACUUGUAGACAAAUUAGGUAGUUUAGUCGUGAGAUUGGUGUUUCUUCCUUUUGAAGAAAGUUCUUACACUACAUUUGCAAGGUUUGCAUCAGGGCAACCUCCUCAAAGAAAUAUGAAAAUAGGGAGUUCUCUCACUGAUGCACUAAAACUUGUUCUUUUAAUUGGUACGUGUUUCUUCUUAUUUAUUUGAACUCAAUUAUUUAAAGUGAAUUGUUUAAAACUGCAUUUAGAUUCUGGAG